AUGGUGCUUCACAAAUGGUCAAGUGCUGAAUUUCCGGAAGAGUACGCUCUCGUACACAUCACUGACAACUCCAAGCGUAGCAUUUUGCGGCUGAGAGUGAAUGGAGAAAGGGUGGUGUUGAGAGUCGCAGAGUCUAUGUGCGACCAUCAUCCAGUUCGCUUACUUCACAUGGAGGUCACUGCUCAAAGGGACACCGUCAACUGUUUCGACUUUCAGCAGGUGAGAGUGGUCGUCGAUGGCACUUCUCAACAGACUCAGCCCAUGGGUAUGGGCACUGAAUCUUGGAGCGACCUGUGUGGAAGGAAAAGUUGUUUUUAUGAAGUGACGCGCAAAGUUGGAAAUAUUGGUUCGGUGGAGAAGGUUUCUUGGGAGUUUUUCCACUCGUAUACAGUUUUUCUUAGAACCCAUAUCAGAUACCAUGUGAUCAUUGAGUGUGACAAAGAGAGAGGACUUAGGGCAAACAUUAGAGGCCCUUUCAAAUGUGAGGGUCCAGUUUUGAGAGACAGUUUGGUGACAGCCGAAUGUGAAAGAGGGUCACUGAUUCAACGCGUGGUAGAAGAAGAGGCAGCAAAAGAUAUGAGAGGCUUUGCUGAGAGUGCACGUUUUCAUGGUCAUGCUAAUGCCUCUACGUUCCAAGGUUGGGAUGAUGAUCGCAGUAUUGGUCUGAUCUUGAAUACUGGCAUUGGCAAUGAAUUGGGACCUUUGGAAGUUGAACAAAUUCCAGAAAUACUUCCGAUCUUCGUGAAGCUUGAUGAACUAGAGGACAUGGAGAAACAAGAUGUGAAUUAUUGA